CAGGACGACGCAUGCUCCAACUGGUCAAGACCAACUCGCAGAAAAUUGAUGAGUCUUGGAGAAACUGUGAGCUGUUUUGUGCGCCUAUUACGCACUCUGUAUUCUCUUGAGAUCUGUUAGUAAGUUAUUCUGAUAUUCUAGCUACUAUUUCUGCGAUGUAAAGUGUUUUUGAAAUGUACCCGACCCUGUUUAUUAUAGCCUAGUCUUCACGUGCGAGUUGACAGUUCACCUAGUUGGCCCAGUGCGUAUUCGCCAUGACACGGGGAUUUGAAGGUUAAUUUUUGUCGCGCACGAAAACAGCAAGGUCGGCGUUUUGUGGCCAUAAACACACUGUAAAAUUGGAUCAGAUUCCCUUAUCCUUACCUCGGCUUUAGGGGUUUUGUGACAACGGCAGCAAGAUUGUGCUGUGCAAAAAAAAAUAUAUGGAAAGUGGAACACUUUGAGGUUUUUAAUUAGACUAUAUUCUCUGAGGCUUGCGCACGUUGUGGGCUAUCCUUGGCACUGACAGAGCGAAAGCAGGCAGGCUGAGGACGGAGCAUGCGCUGUCGGAGGUUGUCGAAGAAUCAAGUAAAUAGAGCUCGAGCUGGAGGUGCAAGUUUAGUGUCGCUCGUGACGUCACCGCACAUUGAGCUGGCCGUCGAGCGAGUAGUAGUGAGAGGGAGACAGAUAGAGACGCGCCGUAGUAAAGAGCACACCACCAUGAACUUCUGAGAGCAACUUCGCCGUUUUUUUUCUGGCUUCGGGGCUGGAGGAACAGCUGCAACUGUAUCGUGCGAAUUCUUUGUUUUUGUGCGUCGUAAGGGAAAAGCUACACAUUUGAUCGACGGUGGGAGCAAGGAUCUGUGAGUUAGUUGUUUUUUUUGCUGCUGCCGCUGCCGUGCUUCUUUUGAAAGCCAUGUCCUCCGCGGCAGUCGCUGCCUCACGAAGGCAGUCCUGCUAUUUGUGCGACUUGCCCCGCAUGCCGUGGGCUAUGAUCUGGGAUUUUACCGAGCCCGUUUGCAGGGGAUGUGUCAAUUACGAGGGAGCCGACCGAAUCGAGUUCGUCAUCGAGACGGCUCGACAGCUGAAACGCGUUCACGGAUUUCAGGACGGCAGGUCUCCGGGACCAGGCAAGCCGUCGGGGAAGGAAAUCCAGGCGCUCAAUCACUCGAGCGGAGAUCCUGGAUCUCGCCCUCCCCAGCAUUUGGACCGCUACCCUCUCGCCUCGGAGAGACCGCCACGGCUGGGUCCGGAAUACCAACCGGGCAGGCAGGCGAACGGCAUUCCCCUUCCAAACGGAUUUCCCAAACCCGACGAGCCGCCGGAGCUGAACCGCCAGAGUCCCAACCCCCGCAGGACUAGCGCCGUUCCUCCCAACCUGGUGCCUUUGGUUAACGGGAGUCUACCGCCCGGCGUACACGCGUUGAACGGCCGGCCGACACAAAUGGGGGUGAUGGCGAUGGCCAGCCAGGGGGGCGAUCACGGAGGCAAGCGGUCGGAUGACAUGAAGGACAAGCACAGACCGGAUAGCAUGUCGGACAUGGGAGACGGGCACAAGCGCGACGAGUGGAUUGGCAAGGGCAAGACCGUGCGCGAGAUAAUGGCUCUCCAUACCACCUUCGACAACAGGUUUAAGAAGGACCACGCGGCCCUGCAACAGAGGGUGAUGUACGACCCGAGCGCCACUUCCUCAAAAUCAGACCGAGGGAAGCACCCGCGGGGCAUGAAACGGAAAAACUCGCCAGAGCCCGACGGCGAGGGGGGCGUCUCCGCGUCCAAGAUGAACGGUGACGGCGGCGGUCCCGGCGGCCAACCCUGGCUCCUGUCCCCCUCCGAGGUGCUCAAGAUGCCCCCCGGAGCCCUGCCGCCAGGCUUCGCCCCCGCCGGGCACCCCCCACCACCCCAACAGCCGCCCUCCACCAUCUCCCCGCACUCCCGCACCACGCCACCGGAGGCCGCCAGUGGGCCAAACGCCGGGGCGCACAACAACAACAACGCGCAGAACGGCCAGUCGCCCAUACAAGCCCUCAUCCUGGCCGCGGACAACGCCGGUGCCGGCACCGGCGGCUCCCCGAAAGACGGCAACCAGGUCCACUCCACCACCCCCGGGGGCGCCGGGCGGAGGAACAGCGGCAGCCCGCUGUCCCCGUCCUCUGCCAACCAGCGUCGGAUGGUGCAGCAGCGCGAAGUCCUGGGCGGCCCGCACGUCGCGAUAGGCGAAGGCGGCUCGGGGCACCCUCAGAGCAUUCCGGACUCUUCCGUAGGCGGCGGCGGCGGCAGCACGCCGGGCGGCGUCCCCCUGUGCUGCACGCUGUGUCGCGAGCGUCUCGAGGACACACACUUUGUGCAGUGCCCGUCUGUGGCGUCGCACAAGUUCUGUUUCCCGUGCUCGCGCGACAGCAUCAAGCAGCAAGGGGCCACGGGCGAGGUGUACUGCCCGAGCGGAGACAAGUGCCCACUGGUGGGCUCCAACGUGCCCUGGGCGUUCAUGCAGGGCGAGAUCGCCACCAUCCUGGCGGGGGACGUCAAGGUAAAAAAGGAGAGGGACCCUUGAGAUUGUGUGUUUAAAAAAAAAAAAAAAAAACAGACAUAACACAAGAUAUCAACACAUUAACUGGUGGGACUUUCUCGAACCCUUGAUUGGGAACGUGCGUGAAAGUAAAAGGAAAAAAAAGGAGAGGGACCCCUUUUUGUUUUGUUGUUUUUGACAAACAUCAUAUCAUCAAACACACAUUUACUGAUCAUCCAUGUGGACGUACAAACUGAGAGGGGCCCUUGAGGGUUUUUUUUCUUGUUUUUUUACAGACAGACAUAAUAACAACACAGAUAUCAUGAACACAUUGACUGAUCUGAUUCCUUGCCUUGAUGGGAGGGGAUGUAUACAUGGAAGUACAGUACAAAAAGGAGAGGGAGGCCCUUGGGUUUUGUAGUUUUUUUGACACAAACACAACACGGGUAUCGUGAAAAGACAACAUUGACUGACUGCUUGUGGAAGUACAAAAAAAGGAGAGAAACCCUUCGUGUUUUUGUUUGUAAACAACCACAUACAGCAACACAUUGACCAUUCGGUCACCUCCCCCUUGAUGUCAUGUGUGGCUGCUGGAGCAAGGAAGUUCAAAACCCUUGGGUUUCUGUUUUUACAAACACAACAUUAUCAACAGCACAGAUUUCAGCUCACAUGAACUGGCCCGAACCCCCCACCCCCCCCAUUUCAUCCUUCCUUGUCCAUGGAAUCGUUUAAUAAUGGAGAAUGACCCUUGAUGUGGGGACCAUUGAGGAAGUACAAAAUGCUCCAGAGACUGAUCUGACCCAAGCACCCCCCACCCCCACCCCCACCCCUUCCUUGUCCUUGUCAACAUACCAGUACACAAUCUCUCCCCUCGACUCAACUCCACUCCUUUUUCAACUCCUCCACCUAUGGCAUUUUUUUUCCUUCUUCUUUUUUGCCCUUUUUGCCAGGCAAACCAACCAGCCAGCCAACCAAGAAUAUUUACAUAAACAGUUUAAAAAUAUGACAUCAUGGCUUACUGACCACCACCACCACCACAGCCCAAUCAAGACUCUUGUUAUUGGUUUCUUUUUUUCCCCCUCGUUUUUCUUCUUCUGGACAUGUAAAUAUGGACACAAGGGAAGUGGACACUUCAUAAACGUGGCUGUAUAAUUUUUUUUCUCUUCUUGAUUUUUUUUUGAAUACAUUGUGUUUCUUUAUUUUUGAGGAUAUAAAAAAAGGUAUGUUCACAGACAGUUGUAAACAGGCUUAUGUCCGCUUACUCUUUUCUCUCUCUCUCUCUCUCUCUCUCUCUCUCUCUCUCUCUCUCUCUCUCUCUAUUAAAGCCAACUAUCGGUGUACUCUCUCUAGACCUGGUGGCAGUUCUUGGUUGAUCAUAGAAUGUGACUAAUAUUCUACGAGCACUUGGCAAAACAACUGAAAUGCUUCUACUUAGCUGUACAUGUAUGCACUUGUUUUAAAAAUUGCCAAAUACAGUUUCUGACAUUGUAAUAACACAA